AUGGAUGGACCUGGCACGGGUGUUCCAGUUGCUUGCAGGACUAGAAGCAAUAAAGGUGUGGUGGUGGGGAAUGGUUUGAUAUUGGGUCGGAAAAGGAAAAGAAAGGUGAAUGAACAUGAUGACGAAGUGAUUUACUUAGGAGAAAAUUUAGAAAGCGAAGUGGGUGCAAGUGGGAAAACUACAUCUGUGUCUGACGCUUCGUGUUCAUCACCAGAUGCUAUGAAGAAGGGUUACAUGUUUAUGGGAGAGGGUGAGGAUGAUCCAAUAGAGGUGGUUGACCUGGAAGGUGGAGAUGGGACUGAAGCGGAGCUGGAGUGUUGCAAAAGAAAGACUUUUAAGGUUAAGGAGGAAGAGAGGGGUGAGGAGGGUGAAGGAUGUUCGGUUGUUGCUGAUAAAGUUGAGAGCUUUGGUGAUGAUGAGUGCGGCGCUAGACCUGAAAAGCCGGUUGUUUUGAUACCUGAUUCAGAUGGGGGUGGUCAGAGUGAGGAGAAGCAUGGCAGGGAUGAAUGUAGUAGUUUUGAUGAUGGAUAUGAUUCAUUUUCGUCCUCAACUGAGAGUGAGGAUGGUGAAACGAGUGAUGAUGAUUUUAAGGUUGAGGAUGAUGCUGAAGAUGAUGGGGUUGAGAGUGAAUCCUCGGGCAGUGAGGAGAGUGAUUAUUCUUCGGAUGAUGAUGAUGAAAGGGGGGAAUAUAAGAUGGUUAAGGAGAGGGUAAGAAAGGUGCAGAGUGAAUCUGAGAGCAGUAGAGUUUGGAGAAGGAAAGGUCAAAGGAAGAGAGAGGAGGAGGAGGAGAAAUGGAAUGGUGCUGAUUGUGCUAGUGUGGCAUCUAGUAAAUCAGAGACUUGUAAUGGGGAAACAAAGACAGCUAAAGAGAAACGUGAAGCAAACCAGAGUGUCAAUGAUUCUGAUCCUGAAGUCGUUGGUGAUCAGUGGCAAACUCCAUGUUUCUCUAUGCCUUCUGAAGAUGAGGCACCAGAGGAUAAGGAGAAAGAAAGUAGGGGUCAUCAAAGGGUAUUCAUGCAAAAAGAGACAAAAAAUUCCGUUGUGAUCAAGAAGAGUGAGAAAAAUAAUAUGGUCAAGGCCAAUGGUAAAAAAACUGUAGACAAAAGUGAGCUCCAUGAUAUCCUGAGGAUGUCAUCUACAACAAAGAACCAAUACUUUGAAUUCUUCACUGAAUGCUUUAGGGGCAAGCGUGAUUCAAAAGUUUCGAAAGAAAAGGUUGAUGUUGAUAAGGGUCAGACUAGGCCAUUAGGUUCAAGGGAGGCAAUCCCUUUAAUCUGGAACUCUAUGGAGAAAGAAAAUCCUAUUGAAAAAUCAGAGUCUGAGAAAGAGUUAGAUAUGUUGUGGGAAGAAAUGGAGAUGUUGCUUCAAGCUGAAAAAAUUGGCUCCCAGGUUGAUAACAUAAGGACAAACGAAGAAAGAGAAAACGAAGAAAAUUCAGCCUUGCAGUGCAAGCAUGAUACUAUUUUUGAUGAGCAGACUGGGAUAUACUGCAGAUGGUGCGGUUGGAUUGCCACCGAAAUCAAAUAUAUCACGCCACCAUUUGUAAGCUCUGUUUAA